AUGGAUCAAAAAAAUAACUAUAGCGAUACCUUCAACAGCUAUUACAAGACCUAUUACCCAGCAUUCGUUUUGGCAUCGAUACCUAGAGCACUCAAACGCCCUGUAGGAGGACCGUUUGCGCCGGGUUGUUUACUAUGUGGAAGCUUCGGAGCAGUUGGCGGACUAGCAAUUGGUAGCGGAGAUUUAGCGAAUGGAUCAGGAAUUUCGACAGCAUGGUCUUUAGCCUAUUUGAUGAUUAAUGGAAAGAAAUCGAUUAAAUCAUUCCGAUUAUACCCUCUAGCCCUAUGUACAUUUGCAGGAAUAAAUACGAUCGGUUAUGGGCGUACCAUAUUCCAGGAAUAA